AUGGAUUUCAACGUGAAGAAGCUGGCGUCGGACGCGGGGGUCUUCUUCUCCCGUGCCAUGCAGUUUACUGAAGAGAAGCUGGGCCAGGCUGAGAAGACUGAGCUGGAUGCCCACUUUGAAAACCUGCUGGCCAGGGCAGACUGCACCAAGAACUGGACAGAGAAGAUCUUGCGCCAGACGGAAGUCCUGCUGCAGCCCAACCCCAGUGCCAGGGUAGAAGAAUUCCUCUACGAGAAGCUGGACCGGAAGGUGCCCUCACGAGUCACCAAUGGGGAGCUGCUGGCACAGUACAUGGCAGAGGCAGCCAAUGACUUCGGGCCAGGGACACCUUAUGGGAGGACCUUGAUCAAAGUUGGAGAGGCUCAGAGGCUCCUGGGUGCAGCAGAACGAGACUUCAUCCACACUGCCUCCAUCACCUUCCUCACCCCACUGCGCAACUUCCUGGAGGGGGACUGGAGAACCAUUGCUAAGGAGCGCAGGAUCCUGCAGAACCGACGCCUGGACCUGGACGCCUGCAAGGCUCGGCUGAGGAAGGCCAAAGCUGCCGAGGCCAAGGCCACGUGUGAGGGAGAUGCUGUGCCUGACUUUCAGCAGACCAGACCCCGCAAUUUCGUGCUCUCCGCCAGCGCCUCCGCGCUCUGGAACGAUGAAGUGGAAAAGGCGGAGCAGGAGCUGCGGCUGGCACAGACCGAGUUCGACCGGCAGGCAGAGGUGACCAGGCUGCUGCUGGAGGGCAUCAGCAGCACCCACGUGAAUCAUCUGCGCUGCCUGCAUGAGUUCGUGGAGGCGCAGAGCAGCUACUAUGCGCAGUGCUACCAGAGCAUGCUGCAGCUGCAGAAGCAGCUGGGCAGCUCCAAAGGAGAGAUCUUUUCAGGCACCUUCGUUGGCAACGCAGAAUCCACCUCCCCGCUCCCAGCCACGGCCUCCCCUCCAGCAGUGGCUGCUGGCCCCCUCCCGGCCGUGCCUACCAUCCCCGUGGUGCCCACCCUUGCUGGGGUGCCCAGCACAGUGGCAGAGAGCGUCCUGAACCCCAGCGAGGUGCAGCCCCCUGCCAGUGGCACGCGCAAGGCCAGGGUGCUCUAUGACUAUGAGGCAGCAGACAGCAGCGAGCUGGCACUGCUGGCAGAUGAGCUGAUCACUGUCUACAGCCUGCCAGGCAUGGACCCAGACUGGCUCAUAGGGGAGAGAGGGAACCAGAAGGGGAAGGUACCUGUCACUUACUUGGAGCUGCUCAGCUAA